AUGUUCAUGUGCCCAAUUAUGAUUGCAUUCCCAGAUAAAAUGCCGCAGGCGACCGUUUUCUGGUAUACGGUGCCCUCAAGGUCUUCCACCGCGGCCUCCACGUCCGCUAGCAACCACCACCUCAGGCUCAGCCACAACAUCCACCAGCGGACCCACCGCCGCCGCCGACAUUCUCCCACCGCGGACUCGCACACCUCAACCGCGAAGUGUUUGACACUGCUUCAAGAUCAAGCAAACACAAUUAGUGAAGGAUUGCCUGCUUUUGGUCAUAGAAGUAUAUAUUUUACGUGUGGCAAUUCUAUUCUACGUGCAACUAGAACAUAUCCUGUAAGACAAGAUCGACAAGAGAGAAACAUUUUAGUUAGACAUGUUCCGCUGUAUCUGAUAAGAUUUUCGCCGAAAAGACACGUCAUGUAG